AUGAGGGUCUCCCAGUAUUCUAUCUCUACCCCUCUCCUUGUCUUCUCUCCUGGCCUGGUGUACCGCGCGACCUUUUUGCUCUCCUCGUCGCAUAACUCUCACUUGUGCGACACCACCAAGCUGCGCCGCCCAGCUACGCAUACCUUCAAUCGACACCACACUGCGCCCACCCAAAGCAACACGAACCUGCGCGGCUUCUUGAGCGCAUUGAGCCAUCAUCGUCGCGAAAAUGGGCCGUUCAUCAUUGCAGCAGGCGACGACGACAUCGCCGCCGUUGCUCGCAUUGCGCAUUUCCCUCGGCUCAAGUGCACAAACCCCGCCUCUUGCCUCAAGCCUCCUCUGUCCGCAUCAAACCUCAAGCACCCGACGACCGACCCCGGCCUUCCUGAACAGUAUCCGUUGUCGCACAGUACGGCUGCUUCGCUUGCGCUAUCCCCGCCUAAUAACUCGGCCCCGCGCCUCGAUCUCGCCCCGAUGCGCCGCGCUCUCGAAAAGCCCUCGGUGGAUCAUCUUUGA